UUUCAUUUGAUUAAAUCUGAAUUUCACUCCAUAAUUUUUUUGCAGUAUAUGUCACAUAUUUCUAAUUGAGUUGAGUGCUCAAAUCAAAUGGCGGGCAGGAAAGAUCAAACUGAAGUUCAUCCAUUUCCUCAUACUUUCAACACCAACGUUGUUUACGAUGCCAAAGCCGGCGACCGAGAGUCGGCUAAUUCCCCGGCAGCUGACGAGCUUCGCCGGAAGAAGCGCAUCAAGUAUUUGGCGUAUUUUGCCGCAUUUGUGGUGUUUCAAACCGGCAUUAUACUUCUCUUUUCACUUACCGUGAUGAAAAUAAAAACACCUAAGUUCCAGAUGCGGUCCGCCAGUUUCGACACAUUUGAUGUCGGUACGGCUGCGAACCCUUCGUUUAAUUUGAGCAUGGAAGCCCAAUUCGGCAUCAAAAACUCCAAUUUUGGAAAUUAUAAGUUCCAAAACAGCACCAUCUAUUUCUUCUGCGAUGGAAGUAGUACGGUACCCGUGGGGCAGGCUGUUGUCGGGAAAAACAAAGCUGGGUGGAGAUCCACCAAGAAGCUGGACUUGGCGGUGGACCUGUCGUCGGAAAACAUGGCCGGCAUUAAUGUUACGCAACUUGGAAGCGACAUAAGUUCUGGUGUGUUGAAAUUGAACGCCCGGUCCAAAUUGAGUGGAAAGGUAGAGCUGAUGUUUAUUUUCAAGAAGAAAAAAUCGACCAGCUUGGAUUGCAGCAUCACCGUUUAUUUGGCAGACAAAACUGUUCGGGAAAUUUACUGCAAAUGAUGUUCAAUGGAUCCUCCAGUCUGCAAGCAAUAUUCACGAUUUUUGAUAUUUGCCGUAGCCGCGGUUAUUUGAAAUUCUUUCUCUCUUUUUCUUUUUGCCCCCAUUUUGAGGUUCCCAAUGAUUCUUUUGAUUAUUUUUCAAUAGAGUGUGAUAGAAUAUAUAAAUACGGAAUGAUUUCCGAUAAUCACG